CCUGGCCGUGCACGCGCUACCGCAGUAUCGCACAACGCCUUCGGCCCUUGCGUAACCAUGAGAGUACUUGUUGCUUCGGUUGUUGGGACAACGUUUUUGCUUGGAGCAGAAGACUGCCGCGUCAUCACAGAGGCGUUCGCGCACCCACCUGUUCCGCGAACGGGAGCUUCUGGACGAGGUACUGCUGGAAAUAGCCGCGGCCUCGCGGUUGUCCGGACACGCGCACCGGCGGCUUUCUUCCGCUCCGGUACGGAUGUCUCAUCGUCCCGCCCCGAGGGGGAAGCAGGGGAGGAGGGGCAACGGAGGCGGCCGGCGCAUCGAGGUGCCAGCAGCGGCAGCGAUCUCGACCUGAAGGGGGCCGCUCCACGGCACCGAUCGUCUCGAGCAGCAGCAGCAGUAGCAGCGUUAGCGCCGUUGCCGCAAACAGCGGUAACAGCGCUGGCCGCGAUCCUGAUGCUCGCUUCCACCGAACAGGAUAUCAUGACCGCCAUGAUGGGGCUUGAUCCCUCCCUGGCGACGUCCACCGCAGCGCAACCCGCCAUGACCUUGCCCAAAGAGGAGGGUCCACAGGCAAAGGGUGGAAAGGCGUCGUCGAUGGGUUCGAUAGAUGUACAGGGUCAGGGGGACGCUCUCGGCGAGAUCGCCGGAGGCCCCGGCGGCGGCUUCAAGAACGGGCGACUUAUGGUGGACCAGGAUUCGGACCUGGCCAUGAUGCUGGGCAAGAAGAUGAAGACACCGGAUGCCGACCCGUUGACGCACUGAUGGUUUUUUGUCUUGGUUUCUGUGUGGAGAGCCUGGGUGAUGUGUUUUGAUGUUUGGUGUGGAAGAGCCUGUGACCAAGUCCGGGCGGUUUCGACGGAGUACGCGGCUGGGUUUUUCUAUGCCCCUCGCAGCUUUGUUGGUACUGCGUCGUCUCCGUUGGGCAUCGAGCCUUUCAUUUUUCGUCAGCACCACGCCUCAUGUUUACUCAUCCUAGUAUCUCCAUGCACAUGCCCAGAGUGUCUAGGGAAGGUAGCCCUCGGAAUCGGUGAAACAUGGGGUACACCAACGUGUUCUUGGGCCUACAGGGUGACCGGUCGCCCCCCCUCCCCCUCCUUGUCCACACGAGUCAGUGUGUUGAAGCCGGGCCAACUGCACGAGGGAAAAAUGCUUCAAGCGGUAACAAGAGCCGACCAUAUUUUUACUUGGCUUUUCCCGUGUGAAUGGGGAAUGCAUUGCAGGCUCAUGAUUCAUGGACAUUUUAGAGGCGUUCUGCAUUCGCUGCUGGCGUCGCGGAAGGGAUCAUUGGCGCGAGAUCCGC